AUGGUUAGCGCGCUGUUCAUUUAUUCUCUAAGAGGGGAAUUACUCAUAUCCAAACAUGUCAACAACAUUGUGCAAAAAUCUAUGUCCGAAAUCUUCAGAAUUCAAGUCAUCAACAACCUUGACGUCAGAUCACCGGUAUUGACGCUCGGAUCGACCACCUUUCAUCAUAUUAAGUCGGUUGGGAACCUGUGGAUUGUGGCCGUGAGUCGAUCAAACUCCGAUAGUGCAGCGAUCUGGGAAUUUCUAUACAAGCUCAAUGCACUUCUAAAAGCGUAUGGAUUGGACUCCGAAAAGGAGAUGAAAGAAGAGUUUAUGACCUGUUACGAGCUUUUAGACGUGAUUCUUGAAGAGGGAGUACCCGUGGAUACAGAAUUGAGCAAUGUCGCCGCACGAAUGUCUGUGAAACCCAAAAUCGGUAUUGAAAGUUUUAAUAGCUUCGCAGAAAGCAUCGGAUACAGUACAGAUCGUAUCAUACCGCGGUCACGACUAUUGACGAGAAGAACAAGUAGCUUGGCCUCUCAUGAUUCUCUUCAUGAACAACAUUCUAACGUCCCCUGGAGAAUGAUUGGCAUCAAAUAUAAGAAAAAUGAGGUUUUCUUGAAUGUUAACGAGCGCAUCAGCAUUUUGGUGUCAAAAGACGGUUCCAUACUUAGGUCUUAUGUCGACGGUACUGUUGAGGCAACUACACAUCUGAGCGGUAUGCCUAUAUGUCGAUUUGGACUUAAUGAUGCUCUGUCUGUGACCACACCUUUUGAUGACGGACCAGUCGACAACAUGAAUAAGAAAGCCAUCCCCAAGGCUGCUGCUGGGAGUGUCAUGCUAGAAGACUGUAAAUUUCAUCAGUGUGUUCAAUUAGACAAGUUUCAAAAUGAUCGCACCAUAAAUUUCAUACCCCCGGAUGGGAACUUUGUACUCAUGAAGUACCACGUUCGUGAAAACCUAAAUCUACCCUUUAAAAUCACACCCACUGUGACAGUAUCAAGGUCGAGUUCGGUCGAUUACCGCAUCACCAUCAAGUCCUUAUUCCCAAGUAAGUUGACUGCAAAAGAUGUGCAACUACGCAUACCGGUCCCGCCCGAGACAGUAAAUUGCCAACUAUCUACAUCAAACGGUAAAUGCAAAUUCGUGGCAGAAGAAAGCGCAAUAAUCUGGAAGUUCAGUAAAUAUCAAGGUCUUACUGAGAAUAGUCUCUCAGCCACGGCAUUUCCGGUUGAAGAUUUUCAGCUAAAUAUUGACCAAUGGCCAAGGCCACCAAUGUCAUUGACAUUCGAGAUUAUGAUGUUCAGUAACUCUGGAUUGGUCGUACGCUUUUUUGACAUUUUGGAUAAAGACAAAAAUUACAGUUUGGUCAAGUGGAUUAAGUAUAUCUCGAAGUCAGGAGCAUAUGAGUUAAGGUACUAG